AUGCCCAAAGUCGUUAGUCGUGGAGUAGUUAGCGAGUAUGACCCUGACAAUGACAAGGACGGUCUCAAUGUAUAUUACUGCUCAUUCUGUGGUGAGUACGUUCUUAUAUUAGAUACUCUCAUUGAAAAGGUUCCACAGAGGAAAACAGAUAAAGCCUAUAUUCUGGAUGAGGAUCAGCGGGUUGUGCGGUUCCACACUGUUCCAGGAAACACCAUAUUGAUUCAGAGGUCUACUGCUUUUGAACGACAACAACGCCAAAAUUGUCCUGGCUGUGGACUGACUGUUUGCUAUACUCCCAACGAUAGCUCUAAAUACGUAUAUGUGCUAGAUGGAGCAUUGACCCUUCAGCGUAAAUAGCAGGCAAAUGAUAAGAUAUAUCGAUUAUGCCAGUCACUGU